AUGUCUGGGAGGCAGGCUCAGAGCCCCAAACAGCCAGCGCCCUCAGCCCCGGCACUGCCGGCUGGAGCCCUCUCCCCGCCCCUGGCCCGGCUUCCCCCGCUUGUAGCAGUGGCCCCUCCCGCUAAAGGAAGUGGGACGGGGGCUGUUCUAAGAGGAACUAGGGCUGGGAGUCUGGUGCAGGAGCAGGACCAGGGCCAUGCCCGAGCCGCCCCCCGGAGCACCCUGAGCCUCUACCCCGCCACGACCCAUCCAGUCCCUCCCCAGGGGCCUGACAGGACACCCCCACCAUGCUCUCGACCGAAGCCCUUCUUGGCUUUCGAGUCCCAGCCCAAACACCCCGUGGGUCCCAGCCACUUGCGGUGGCUUACUCCCACCUGGCCACCCCCAUCCCAGGGCAGCAAGGAGCGCUUCCACUGGCAGAGCCACAACGUGAAGCAGAGUGGCGUGGAUGACAUGGUGUUGCUGCCCCAGAUCACUGAGGAUGCCAUCGUGGGCAACCUGCGCAAACGCUUCAUGGAUGACUACAUCUUUACCUACAUUGGCUCCGUGCUCAUCUCCGUAAACCCCUUCAAGCAGAUGCCUUACUUCACUGACCGCGAGAUCGACCUCUACCAGGGCGCAGCUCAGUACGAGAAUCCUCCACACAUCUAUGCCCUCACGGACAACAUGUAUCGCAACAUGCUCAUCGACUGUGAGAACCAGUGUGUUAUCAUCAGUGGAGAGAGUGGAGCUGGGAAGACCGUGGCAGCCAAAUACAUCAUGGGCUACAUCUCCAAGGUGUCUGGCGGGGGCGAGAAGGUCCAGCAUGUGAAGGAUAUCAUCCUGCAAUCAAACCCACUGCUGGAGGCCUUCGGCAACGCCAAGACUGUGCGCAACAACAAUUCCAGCCGCUUUGGCAAGUACUUUGAGAUCCAGUUCAGUCGUGGCGGGGAGCCGGACGGGGGCAAGAUCUCCAACUUCCUGCUAGAGAAAUCCCGUGUGGUCAUGCAGAACGAAAACGAGAGGAACUUCCAUAUCUACUAUCAGCUGCUGGAAGGAGCCUCCCAGGAGCAGCGACAAAACCUGGGGCUCAUGACCCCCGACUACUAUUACUACCUCCAAUCGGACACCUACAAGGUGGAUGGCACCGAUGACCGGAGCGACUUCAAUGAGACUUUGAAUGCCAUGCAGGUCAUCGGGAUCCCGCCCAACGUCCAGCAGCUGGUCCUGCAGCUGGUGGCGGGAAUCUUGCACUUGGGAAACAUCAGCUUCUGUGAAGAUGGGAAUUACGCCCGGGUAGAGAGUGUGGACCUGCUGGCCUUUCCCGCCUACCUGCUGGGCAUCGACAGCGGGCGGCUGCAGGAGAAGCUCACCAGCCGUAAGAUGGACAGCCGCUGGGGUGGACGCAGCGAGUCCAUUGACGUGACCCUCAACGUGGAGCAGGCAGCCUACACCCGCGACGCCCUGGCCAAGGGGCUCUAUGCCCGUCUCUUUGACUUUCUUGUGGAGGCCAUCAACCGUGCUAUGCAGAAGCCCCAGGAGGAGUACAGUAUCGGUGUGCUCGACAUCUAUGGCUUUGAGAUCUUCCAGAAAAACGGCUUUGAGCAGUUCUGCAUCAACUUUGUCAACGAGAAGCUGCAGCAAAUCUUUAUCGAACUCACCCUGAAAGCUGAGCAGGAGGAGUAUGUCCAAGAGGGCAUCCGCUGGACCCCCAUCCAGUACUUCAACAACAAAGUGGUCUGCGACCUCAUUGAAAACAAGCUGAGCCCCCCGGGCAUCAUGAGCGUCCUGGACGACGUGUGCGCCACCAUGCAUGCCACCGGCGGCGGCGCCGACCAGACCCUGCUGCAGAAGCUGCAGGCGGCCGUGGGCACCCACGAGCACUUCAACAGCUGGAGCUCGGGCUUCGUCAUCCACCACUACGCCGGCAAGGUCUCCUAUGAUGUUAACGGUUUCUGUGAGCGGAACCGGGAUGUUCUCUUCUCUGACCUCAUAGAGCUGAUGCAGACCAGUGAGCAGGCCCUCCCCCCGAUGCUCUUUCCUGAGAAGCUGGAUGUGGACAAGAAGGGCCGCCCCAGCACGGCUGGCUCCAAGAUCAAGAAACAAGCCAAUGACCUGGUGGGCACGCUGAAGAGAUGUACCCCCCACUACAUCCGCUGCAUCAAGCCCAACGAGACCAAGAAGCCCCGUGACUGGGAGGAGAGCAGGGUCAAGCACCAGGUGGAGUACCUAGGCCUAAAGGAGAACAUCAGGGUGCGCCGGGCUGGCUUCGCCUACCGCCGUCAGUUCUCCAAGUUCCUGCAGAGGUACGCCAUCCUGACCCCUGAGACGUGGCCCCAGUGGCGUGGGGAUGAACGUCAGGGGGUCCAGCACCUGCUCCGGGCGGUCAACAUGGAGCCAGACCAGUACCAGAUGGGGAGCACCAAGGUCUUUGUCAAGAACCCCGAGUCGCUCUUCCUUCUGGAGGAGAUGCGAGAGCGCAAGUUCGAUGGCUUUGCCCGCACCAUCCAGAAGGCCUGGAGGCGCCAUGUGGCAGUCCGGAAGUACGAGGAGAUGCGGGAGGAAGCUUCCAACAUCCUGCUGAACAAGAAGGAGCGGAGACGGAACAGCAUUAAUCGGAACUUCGUUGGGGACUACCUAGGGCUUGAGGAGCGGCCGGAGCUGCGUCAGUUCUUGGGCAAGAGGGAACGCGUGGACUUCGCUGACUCGGUCACCAAGUACGACCGCCGCUUCAAGCCCAUCAAAAGGGACUUGAUCCUGACGCCCAAGUGUGUGUAUAUAAUCGGACGGGAGAAGGUGAAGAAGGGACCAGAGAAGGGCCAGGUGCGUGAGGUCCUGAAGAAGAAGCUGGAGAUCCAGGCCCUCCGGGGAGUUUCCCUCAGCACGAGGCAGGACGACUUCUUCAUCCUCCAAGAAGACGCCGCCGACAGCUUCCUGGAGACCGUCUUCAAGACCGAAUUCGUCAGCCUCCUGAGCAAGCGCUUCGAGGAGGCGGCGCGGAGGGCGCUGCCCCUCACCUUCAGCGACACACUACAGUUCCGAGUGAAGAAGGAGGGCUGGGGAGGAGGUGGCACCCGCAGUGUCACUUUCUCCCGUGGCUCCGGCGACGUGGCGAUGCUCAAGGCUAGCGGCCGGUCCCUCACAGUCAGCGUGGGCGACGGGUUGCCCAAAAGCUCCAAGCCUACACGGAAGGGAAUGGCCCAAGGAAGACCUCGAAGGUCAGCCCAGGCCCCUACCCGGGCAGCCCCGGGGCCUCCCAGAGGCCUGGGCCACAAUGGGGUGCCUCCUUCUGCCAGAAGUGGGCCCCUGCCCCUGGAGAUCCCAUCUGGAAGGGGCUCCCAGCAGCCUUUCCGGGGCCCUCCAUCCUCAGCCCUGAGGGCCAGUAGACGCCCCCGGGCAAGGCCCCCCUCGGAACACAACACAGAAUUCCUUAAUGUGCCUGACCAGGGUGUGGCAGGCAUGCAGAGAAAGCGCAGUGUGGGGCAGCGACCUGAGCCGGGCGUUGGCCGACCCAAGCCCCAACCUCGGAUGCAUGGCCCGCGGUGCCGGGCACUGUACCAGUACGUGGGCCAAGAUGUGGACGAGCUGAGUUUCAACGUGAACGAGGUUAUCGAGAUCCUCAUGGAAGAUGCCUCAGGCUGGUGGAAAGGCCGGCUGCAUGGCCAGGAGGGCCUCUUCCCAGGAAACUACGUGGAGAAGAUCUGAGAGGGGGCCCAGAUUCUGCCUCCUGCCUGCCCGCAGGAGGGGGAACCGGGGAACCAGGCCCCGCCGGCGAGGGCCUCAUUUUCCUUGGCUGCUUUAGCCCGAAGGUCCAGCCCAGUGGCCUCCAGCCCAGCCCAGCCUAACCCAGGCCCUGGGUCUGGGGGUCACCACCGCAGCCCCCCCAGGGCCCUGGCCUCCCCCGUGUCACACACGUUGCCUCCUGUGUCAAACAGGGCUAACUGCAUGAAUCUACCUCCCAGCUGCCUUGUGAGUAUAAAUGAGUAAUGUCCUGUCGGCAAAGUGCCACAGUUGGGGACACCUUGACAAGAAAGACUCCCCUUCUUCUGUCAUCACUAAGGCAAUAAACAUUUGCCAGGUGAAAGUGUGAAUUAAUUUGCCUUCUCACAAGGCUGAGGGAGAAGCUGCAAAUACUCCAAAACUGGGAGCCGGGAGAAAUUUUGUCACUUGCCUGAGAUCCCUCAGAGCCAAGGCUUGAACUCGUAUAUACCCCCCACCCCAUCUCUCCCAAAGGUGGAGUUUGUCCCACCUGCCUGCUCUUGGCCUUUUGCAUCCCAGCCUUCCUGUAGAAAAUAGCCUGGGGGGUCCUGUCAGCUUUGAAUCUGCAGGCCCCAAAGCCAUCGGGGACCUGAUUGGACCCUGAGGAAGGAGGCAGGUCCCACAUGGCCCAUCACCAUCCAGUCUGGGCCAACCCUGGCCCCUGCACCUGCCCCCCCUCCCCCCCGCCCCGUGUCUGUGCCUUCUUAGCCCUCCCUCACCUGGGGUCAGGACAAGUUCUGAUAUGCAAGGGCCCUGGCUUUCCACACCUAUUGCCAUGGAUUUAGGGGGUCAGCCUCACUACUGGUCUCCCCAGAUGCUUCCAAGCCAGUGAUGGAGUCUGAGCCUUUGGGGAUCCUGCCAUGGGCUUAAGUAUCCCGACUUUCCAAACGGACACCCACUCUGGGCUCAGACCCUCAAGGAGCAGUCAGUCUGGGAGAGACGGAGCCAAGCCGGUGGGGUC